CAUUGAUAAUGGCAUAAUGGAGUUGUGCUGUGCUGCUCAGCGUUGGCCUACACAAAAACAUGUACAGUGUUGUACAUAUGCAUUUUGUACAUGUACGAUGCACCGUACUAUUGACACACAGAGGGUUCAAUUGUUUGUGCUUCACAAUGCUAUACGUGUUCUGCGCAGUUGUAAUUCAGCAGUGCCACACGCUAUUGUUGAACUAGAGCACUCGCGUAUCCUGCUUUCAUUUUGAUUCAACAGUAUUAAAUUAAAUUUGUGGAUUGAACUAACUGGUGGCAGAAACACUCAGAUCCGUUUCUCCUAGUCAAAAUGGCAUCCAAUGCUUCAGACUCUCAGUCACUGGGCAAGAAUGUUAAAACAGGUCAGUUGACAUGUCCCCUCUGCACCAAUCAAUUUAAGGAACCCAAGAUACUGGACUGCCUGCACAGUUUUUGCUUGGAAUGCCUUCAAAAACUCAGCUUGAACCAGGAGGAUAGCACGACUGCGAUCAAGUGUCCAACAUGUGGACGUAAAACCUCAACGACAGGCAUUGAAGAUUUGUGCGCUAAUCUGAGCCUGUGUGUCCUGGUGGAGGAGGCGCAAAUACAAGAACAGCUACAAGGUCAAGGGUCAGAGAUCAAAUGUCAAUCGUGUGAUGAGGAUAAUCCAGCCACAUGUCGAUGCAUGGACUGUGGUCAUUUCCUCUGUCGAGAAUGUCAAACGGCACACCAAAGGAUGACUGUAAUGAAAUCGCAUAAAAUCUACACGUUGGCUCAGUUCAAGUCUGGAGAAGUAGUGUACAAGAGUGAGCUGAGAGACCGUACUCCAAAAUGUAAAGUCCACACUGAGCAAGAUUUAAACCUUUACUGCAACACGUGUGAGCGCUUGGUUUGCCAGGCAUGCUCUGCUCUUGAGCAUGGCAGUCAAGGCCAUGCACUCACGAGUCCGGCUGAAGCGGUGAAGAAAUGCAAACAAGAUGUCGCGGAACUUCUCGCAAAAGCAGAGAAAACCAAAACAGCGUUGAGCGAAGCCAGGAAGGAAACGAUCAAGUCUCAGGAAGAACUGGACUCCAACUUUGACGAGAUUCGGAGAAGGAUCUCCCAAAAGGCUGAUGAGGAGAUAGCGAGGGUUAGACAACAGGAGCACCGAUUGAAAGAAGAAGCUGAGAGAAUCUAUAAUGAUGCUAUCUUUCUUACCAGCCUCAAGUUUAAUCCCCAUAAAAAUCAGAGACAUUAGGACCUCACUGUCAAUGUACGGCACAUGAUGGUUUAUCUUGUUCUGAUGUUGAUGACAAAUAUAACUUUACAUUUUCAUGGCUGUGGACCACAAGAGUUUCCUUACGCUACAUCUUAUGAUGGACUCCAAGAAAGGUAGAUGGUGGUUCAUGCCCACUCUGAGAGCUGGUGUGCAGGACGUUUUGUGUGCAGGACGUUUUGUGUGCAGGACGUUUUGUGUGCAGGACAUUUCGUGUGCAGGACAUUUCGUGUGCAUGUACUGGUUGGCGCACGUAUCGGCACAAAGCACGCACGACUGAUAAUAAUGUUUUCAAUGUACAUAUUAAAACUUGUGGCACGUUCAGCCCAAAAGCUGUUUCAAAUGGCGUUGUCCACAAUACCAACUAUAAAAAAUGUCAAUGUUUGGAUAGCUGCUUACAAAGUCCUCAAAAUAAUAUUCAUUAUGACUGGUAGUGAAAUGUUGCUAAUAAUGCAUGAAGCAACUGCAGAUGUUGAAAAAGGAAAAAAAAACCUCAGCCCCAACAGGAAUAAUACGUUCAUUGUGUGCGUCAGCAUUUUUUGGAGAACAUAGUGAACGACUCAGGAGACCUUGUUGCCAUGACAAAUGCUGACACUAAGGUUGUUUCGCUACUUCAUUAUGAUUAACAUCCAAAAAAGAUAGUGGAAAAAAAUGAAAACUGUAUGCAGCAAAAUGAACACAUGUUGUAAAUAUGCCAAAGGUGGUACAUGUACAUUGAUAAUGAUCAUUUGUUUUACAUGUAGGUGAAUUUUUGUUUUAAGAUUUGGUUUUCAUUAAGUUUAAUUUGUUAUUUGAAAAAUGUCUUUUUGGAAUGAGGACAUUUUAUGUAUUUGGUAUUCAUAUAAACAUGAGCUCAAUUCUAUCUAUGAUCAAUGUAUUGUACAUGUCAUGGUAAAAACAUAUCUGAUCCCAAAAGUGUGCAAUCUCUCAUAAUGCUUCUUUAAAAUAACAGACAUGAAUCUACAGGCCUUAAACUGCACAUCCACAUCAAUAUAGGUUUUUAAAUACGUUUAAAAAAAUCAAAAGUUAGGUUUUGAAGGUAUUCCAAGUGCCGUAAUAAAGGCAUUUACAGGUUUUUAGGGUGCAAAACCAUGCACUUUAUCAGCAUGAGGUACAGGUGUAGCAAAAAUACAGUAUACAUGUAUUGCUUACCCUCGAGACAAAGUUACUGUAAAACAAUUUUAUGCCAUUUGCUCAAUUCUGAAACACUUGUACAAAAAUCUGUUGUUAUUUUGGCAUCAUAACUAAACUGUGCAUCAAACUGAUUUUAAUCUAUUUCUUAAGAAGUUGUUCAAAUUUAUGGCAGAAUUAAAAGAAAGGUUUUUAUGGGUUACAUAGAUUACCUUUAAAAAACAGUUCCCAAGUUGAAAUAUAGGUUUUCAUAUGUUUUACAAGUUUCGCUGUGAGAAAUGUAACUAGGGAGUAACAAAAAAAGACUGUAUAGAGUUUUUCCAUUUUAAUGGCAAAGUGUGAAGUCAAAAUGAGGAAAUCAACCGAUCCAAUGAAAAGUUGUAUACCUGAAAUAAACC